UAUCUCUAACAGCUGUACGAUUUGGAUCAUUCACCCACCAGAUAUAUCUUUGUUUUAUUCAUAUAAUCGUUACCUUUACAAAGAGACAUACUAAAAAAAAGGCUUCUAUCGAUCUUCUCCACUCGAUCAAUAUCUUUUAGUCCUCAGUUCUCGGUUCGGAUUUCAUCUGGUAACUUCACUGAUUAUCUAUCCAGUCGUUUUGAUUCUGAAGAAAUUCAGUAGUUUUUUUGUACGGCGUGCACUACGAUCAAAUUUACCAAAUUACGGUCUUCACGUUUACGGCUUCUAGCUAUGAUCCGCAGAAGCAUUUCUCGUUGAUAGAUUGCUGAGUUUGCAAUUGGUUGGUUUCGAGCUAAGCACAAUGGAAUCAGGAGAAAUUGGGGGGAAGUCUUUGAAGACUGUGGGAGGUCAAGUUUGUCAGAUAUGUGGCGAUAAUGUUGGCAGCACAGAAAAAGGAGAACUGUUCGUUGCUUGUGAUGUCUGUGCAUUCCCAGUUUGCAGGCCAUGCUAUGAAUAUGAGCGCAAAGAUGGCAAUCAGUCUUGCCCUCAAUGCAAAACCAGAUACAAGAGACAAAAAGGAAGCCCUGCUGUUUUUGGAGACAAAGAAGAGGAUGUUGAUGUUGAUGUUGAUGAGAAUACUGCUGACUUUCCCUUAACAGAAAGUCAAGCCGAUAAGCAGAAGAUAGCACAGCGCAUGCUGAGCUGGCACAUGACAUACGGACGAGGGGAAGAUACAAAUGCUCCAGCUUAUGAUAAAGAGAUUCCUCGUAACCACAUACCUUCACUAACCAGUGCACAAGAGGUUUCUGGUGAGUUCUCUGCAGCAUCCCCUGAACGUCUUUCAAUGGCCUCUCCUCCACCAGGGGGUAGAAGAACACACUCCCUUCCUUACCAUGGUGAUGUUAAUCAAUCACCUAACAUCAGGGUUGUGGACCCUGUGAGGGAGUUUGGAACUGCAGGAUUAGGGAAUGUUGCAUGGAAAGAAAGAGUUGAUGGAUGGAAGUUAAAACAAGACAAGAAUGUGGUUCCAUUGACUACUAGCCAUGCUGCUUCUGAAAGAGGUCAAGAUAUUGAUGCCACUACUGAUGUUCUAGUUGAUGACUCAUUGUUGAAUGAUGAAGCCAGACAGCCUCUUUCAAGGAAGGUUUCAAUUCCAUCAUCAAGGAUUAAUCCAUACAGAAUGGUUAUUGUACUUCGGUUGGUGAUUCUUUGCAUCUUCUUGCAUUAUCGGAUAACAAAUCCAGUGACAAAUGCAUAUCCCUUGUGGCUACUCUCUGUUAUAUGUGAGAUCUGGUUUGCAAUAUCUUGGAUUUUGGAUCAGUUCCCCAAAUGGCUACCUGUAAAUCGUGAAACGUAUCUUGAUAGAUUAGCUCUGAGGUAUGAUAGGGAAGGAGAAACAUCACAGUUAGCUGCAGUGGACAUUUUUGUGAGUACAGUGGAUCCAUUAAAGGAGCCUCCUCUAGUCACAGCAAACACUGUUCUAUCUAUUCUUGCAGUUGACUAUCCAGUUGACAAAGUUUCUUGCUAUGUUUCUGAUGAUGGAGCUGCCAUGUUGACUUUUGAAGCUUUAUCUGAAACAUCAGAGUUUGCAAGAAAAUGGGUUCCUUUUUGUAAAAAAUAUAGCAUUGAACCCCGAGCUCCUGAAUGGUAUUUCAACCAGAAAAUUGAUUACUUGAAAGAUAAAAUUCAGCCAACAUUUGUCAAAGAUCGUAGACUUAUGAAGAGAGAAUAUGAAGAAUUCAAAAUCCGUAUAAAUGCCCUUGUUGCCAAGGCUCAAAAGGUCCCUGAAGAGGGCUGGAUAAUGCAAGAUGGCACACCAUGGCCUGGAAAUAACACCAGAGAUCAUCCAGGAAUGAUCCAGGUUUUCUUAGGUCAGAGUGGUGGGUUCGAUAGUGAAGGCAAUGAGCUGCCACGACUAGUCUACGUUUCCCGAGAAAAGCGUCCGGGAUUUCAACAUCACAAAAAAGCCGGUGCCAUGAACGCACUUGUUCGCGUAUCGGCAGUGCUUACAAACGGGCCUUUCUUGUUGAAUCUUGAUUGUGAUCAUUAUAUCAACAACAGUAAAGCAGUGAGGGAAGCUAUGUGUUUCAUGAUGGAUCCAAACCUUGGAAAAUACGUUUGUUAUGUUCAGUUUCCUCAAAGAUUCGAUGGAAUUGAUAGAAAUGAUCGUUACGCCAACAGAAAUACCGUGUUUUUUGAUAUUAACUUGAGAGGUUUAGAUGGGAUUCAAGGUCCUGUUUAUGUGGGAACUGGAUGUGUUUUCAAUAGGACAGCACUAUACGGGUAUGAACCUCCACUUAAACCCAAGAAAAAGAGAGAAGCGGGUUUCUUAUCAAGCUGCUUUGGUGGAUCAAAAAAGAAAAGUCAAUCAAAUAAAAAAGGGUUAGAUAAAAAGCAAUCUAGCAAACAUGUUGACCCCACUGUGCCAAUAUUUAACCUAGAAGACAUAGAAGAAGGCGUUGAAGGAGCUGGGCUUGAUGAUGAGAAGUCAUUGCUGAUGUCACAAAUGACACUUGAGAAAAGAUUUGGGCAAUCAGCUGUGUUUGUUGCAUCCACACUUAUGGAGAACGGAGGUGUGCCUCAGUCUGCAGCACCCGAGACUCUUUUGAAAGAGGCUAUUCAUGUUAUCAGCUGUGGCUAUGAAGACAAAACAGACUGGGGAACUGAGAUCGGAUGGAUUUACGGGUCGGUGACAGAAGAUAUUCUUACGGGAUUCAAAAUGCACGCACGUGGUUGGCGAUCGAUAUACUGUAUGCCACCUCGUCCAGCCUUCAAAGGUUCAGCUCCUAUCAAUUUAUCAGAUCGAUUAAACCAAGUGCUUCGAUGGGCUUUGGGAUCAGUUGAAAUUCUCUUCAGCAGACAUUGUCCUAUUUGGUAUGGAUAUAAUGGACGCCUGAAAUGGCUCGAACGUUUUGCAUACAUCAACACAACAAUCUAUCCAAUCACCUCAAUUCCGCUCGUCGUCUACUGUACUCUGCCAGCUGUCUGUCUUCUCACCGGAAAAUUCAUCAUUCCCCAGAUUAGUAACCUCGCAAGUUUAUGGUUCAUAUCCCUAUUUCUUUCCAUCUUCGCAACCGGAAUUCUCGAAAUGAGAUGGAGUGGAGUUGGAAUUGACGAGUGGUGGAGAAACGAACAGUUUUGGGUCAUCGGAGGUGUUUCCGCUCAUCUCUUCGCCGUAUUUCAAGGUCUGCUCAAAGUUCUCGCCGGAAUCGACACCAAUUUCACCGUCACCUCAAAGGCGUCGGACGAAGACGGUGAUUUUGCGGAGCUUUACUUGUUUAAAUGGACGACGCUUCUGAUUGCGCCGACGACUCUCUUGAUUGUGAACCUAGUCGGAGUAGUGGCCGGAAUUUCGUACGCGAUUAACAGUGGGUAUCAGUCGUGGGGCCCGCUAUUUGGUAAACUUUUCUUUGCGUUUUGGGUGAUUGUACAUCUUUACCCUUUUCUCAAGGGUUUGAUGGGGAAACAGAAUCGGAUGCCGACGAUUGUUGUUGUGUGGUCGAUUCUUCUUGCGUCGAUCUUCUCGUUAUUGUGGGUGAGGAUUGACCCGUUUACGACUCGGGUUACGGGCCCGGAUGUUAAGUAUUGUGGCAUAAACUGUUGAGUUGAAGGAAAGACGUACGAGUAUGUGUAGUGUUUUUAAGUCUUUAUUUAUGGGUAAUUAUUGUGCAGAAAAAAAUUUGGGAUGUUUUUUUCCAGUUGGGAUACGUUUUUUAGGUUAAUAUUUUAGUUUUUAUAAAUGUGUAAAGUUGUUUAACGAGUAUAUGGUUGCAAAUUGU